CAUUUUGUUCUUGUUUGUCCAGAUUGUUAAUUAGAUGGUUGUACAUGUGAUUACAUUAGGUGACCCCCAACUUGAAACUUAGAUGUUAACCAAGAAAUCCAGGAACAAGGAAUUAAAUUGUGAAGUUAGUAAAUAACAACACACCAUCAAUGAAUAAUUAAAUAUUAUAUUGAAACACACAGUAUAUUCUUUUUUUACGAAAUGCCACACAGAAAUACAAAUUUCUGGGAACACUUCGUUAUCACGAGCUGCUAUAAACAGACCUGCAGAUGACCAAUAAACCUUCUAUGUAGGUUACAGUGAAUGCCAAAUACGUUCAACUUGUGUAGGAUUCCCAUCACCGUUACUCUCCAAAGAGAUGCGCCCCUGCUUGACAGGUUUUUCGAUUGGCGAAUAUGAUAGUGUAACGAAAACUGCAAUGACUGGCAACAGCAGGGCAGACAAAUCCGUUUCAGCCGGGCAAAUUAACACAAAAGAAUUUAAUCAAGACAACAGAACAGUUAACAACACGAUUAUCAUCAAUCCCCCCUCUGGAAAAGCUACUGUCGUAUCAUGCUGGAAGGCCAAACAUGAAAAUAUUCCUCAACCGACCGAUAUUGACAAUGAAAGUGUAAAGACUGUACUGAAGGAACUGUUUGCUGAUUCACUGGUAGUUGUUUAUUGGGGGUGUAUGGUGUUUUGUUUUGAACAUGAGUCCAUGGAAGAUGCAAUUGGUAUGAUUGUUAAGCACGCAGACAUCAAAGAGGACAUCCUACACUUCCUGCAGGAGCUGAACCCAUCAAUUGAAGAUAUCAUGAUGGAGGUGGAGGUGCGGGAGUUGAGUGAGUUUGAGGAGCAGACAGCUGAGACAUCAGGUAAUAUUGGUACAUCUUCAUAG